AUGAGAUUUUUAUAUACAAAACAACAAAACUCCCCUAUCCUACCUUACAAUAAUGAAGAUAUACUACAAGAAUUAGAAAAUUUUUUCAUAAAUAAUAACAAUAAAGUUAGCUUACUAAUUUUUAACAACCUAAUAAUUGAACCUAAUAAUUUGUCAAUUAAACAAAAUAAAAUACCUCAAGUAGUUGUGACUACUGAAAUGACUGGUGGAGAAAUAAUUGAUGCUGAAACUUCUAAUAAUAAUAACAAUGAAGAAAAUUGA